AUGGAGUUUAGCUUCCCCUCCCUGAUUUCGCUGUUCUUCAUUUCGCUGUGCUUGGUGUCGAAGCUGGUGGUAUGCUUACAAUGCUACUUGAGCCGAUUGCAAGAACGAGAUGUGACAUCAUUGACAACGGCACCGCCAGCGGAUCCGUUGGAUCUGGAGCAGGAGAAGUGCGGCACAUCCGAGGCAUGCAGAGUUUGGGCUUCCAGCAAAAUCACUUCAACCGAGCCACGAAUUCUUGAGGUCCACCGCAUUCUUGUGACCGGGACCGAGGUGAAGUGGUGCAAGGUGGGUCAGCCAGAGCAGAAGCAGACUGCGCCUCGUGUCCAGGCGGACACCCAGCCCUGUGCGUGCUGCUUGGACGACUUUCAUGCCGACAGUCAGGUCGCCUUUCUUCCCUGCGGUCACAUGUUCCAUGAACCAUGUAUUGCACGGUGGUCUGUCUCUGGGUCAGUGGGUUCUGGCAACACAACCUGCCCAGUGUGCCGAACUUCGUUCCAUGCCGACGUUUGA